AUGACAAACAAUACUGAACACGCCACCUGGACGGUCUCAGCUACCUCUUGUAUUACUUACACAAGAGAUACUGUCACUUUUAAAGCUGCUUGGUCUCUCAAACCCACUGGCAAUACAAAUGUAGCUACUGAGGCUCCUACUGAUACACAGCUAGAAGAAGUCAGAGGAGAGAUAGACUUGCUCCAUCAAAGUGAGGUCCAAAAUUCUGCAUUCUACGUGGAAAAAAAAUUCAUCAGGUCAGACAAUCCUGAAGAGUCAAAACGGCUUUGGGAAGCGCAAGUGUCACAAGACUUCUUACGAAGUUUUGCGAAGACAGAAAUACCUGGUCUAACAGUGGUGGUUGUGGAGGAGGAUCAAGCUCUACUUGAUCUAGUAGCAGCGGAAGCAGAUGCAGAGAAUAACAGAUAUUUUGAACAGACACAUAGUCUGAAAUGA